AUGGGGACAACAUCUGUCCGCCGCAAUAUUUUCCACCACCAUCUCAGCAAACGCUCUGUACCGGCAGCUCUCCCCAAUGCCUCGAUGCAAAGUGGUACAAACGGUGGGCUGACUAGUCUCUCCUCUCAUGUUAUGCCAUCUGCGUCGUCUGAAUCGACACAGUCGCUGGGCCCCGGCACAGCCGAUGGCGAGGAGAUCGUGGUGAAGGAUAAAAAUGGUGAUUACAAGCUCGACAUCCCCGUUCUUCCGCCGGCCGUUGGAGAGGAUGGGGAUGAGAUGGACGGCAUGGAAGGUGGAGCUACUAGAGGAUCUGGGCCUACGGGGGCUGAGUCCACAGCACAGACGGAAAUUAGCGGACACGAGAAAGAGAAAAUCGAGGCAAGUCUGGUAGAGAUGAUGUACCGAAGUCGGAACAGGCAGAUGAGCACCGAACCAGCUGAGAUCCUGAACCUCAUCCAUCAGAGCCUUCGGAACAAAGUUGCUUCCCUGGAUGAAGACAACUGGAUAUACGAACCAGAACCCGACUCGCUAUUUUAGUCGAUGUCACUUACAUGAUGCAUGAAUACCUCCAUGACAAAGCUGUGCAGACUAUGUCCGAUCUGUAUACACCGCAGGUACUGCCUUCUAUUAAACUAGUCGAGCUCCGGAUUUGCCGGUGGCGCUUCGACUUUCUUGGAUGAGCCUCGGCUUUGCGGCAUCCUUCCACCUGUACUGCCCUGCCCCCCUCCGAACAGCAUGCUACCCAUCAUAUCC